AUGAAUGAGCGUCGGUUAUUCGCUGAUGUUCUGAGGAAGUGUUCGAAGCAUCGGUUGCUUGAUCAGGGAAAGCGAGUACAUGGGGUUGUGGAGAAACUUGGGUUUGGGGAUGAUUUGGUUUUAAGCAAUGAUUUGAUAGAUAUGUAUGCAAAGUGUGGUAAUGUGGGCUUUGCUUUUAAGGUGUUUGAUAGAAUGCCGCAAAGAAAUGUUGUGUCUUGGACAGCUCUCAUGUGUGGUUAUCUGCAGAAUGGUGAUGCCAGAACUUCCUUGCUCUUGUUCUCUAAAAUGGGCUGUUCGCCGGUUAAGCCGAAUGAGUUCACGCUUUCGACGAGUCUAAAAGCGUCGGGCAUUUUGGGAGUCCUUGAGAAUGGAAUGCAGAUUCAUGGGGUUUGUGCAAAAUCUAAUUUUGAUUCGGUACCUGUUGUGGGGAAUUCUUUGAUUGACAUGUACUCCAAGUGUGGUAAGGUUAAUGAAGCAGCCAGGGUAUUUAACACUAUGCCAGUGAGAAAUCUUGUGAGCUGGAAUGCAAUGAUUGCUGGAUACACUCAUGAGACGAAUGGUAAAGAGGCUUUGAAUCUUUUUCAAAAAAUGCAAGAGGAGGGGGAAGUUCCUGAUGAGUAUACAUAUUCAAGCAUGUUGAAGGCGUGUAGUUGUCUUGGUGCAGUGGGAGGAGGAAAGCAAAUUCAUGCUGCGUUAAUUAGACAGGGGUUUCCUUACUUUGCUCAAUCAGCUGUUGCAGGUGCCCUGGUUGAUCUAUAUGUCAAAUGUAAGCGCAUAGCUGAAGCUAGGAGCGUGUUCGAUCGGAUUGAACAGAAGAAUGUCAUGUCUUGGAGCACACUAAUUACUGGUUAUGCACAAGAUAAUUUGCCAGAAGCUAUGGAAUUGUUUCAGCAGUUGAGAGAGAGCAAACAUAAAGUGGAUGGUUUUGUACUCUCGAGUCUCGUAGGUGCAUUUGCUGAUUUGGCCCUUGUAGAACAGGGGAAGCAAUUGCAUGCUUAUACCAUCAAAGUCCCUUAUGGCUUGGAAAUAUCAGUGGCUAAUUCAGUGUUGGAUAUGUACAUGAAAUGUGGUUUGACAGAUCAUGCUGAAGCGUUUUUCAGAGAGAUGCCGGCAAAGAAUGUGGUUUCUUGGACAGUUAUGAUCACUGGUUAUGGAAAACAUGGUAUUGGGACUAAAGCUGUAGAAAUUUUCAAUGAAAUGCAGGUGUGUGGAUUUGAACCUGAUAGUGUAACUUACUUAGCUGUGCUCUCAGCUUGCAGCCAUUCUGGACUCAUCAAAGAAGGUAAACAACACUUCUCAAGAUUAUGUAGUAAUCCUAAGAUCAAACCACAAGUAGAGCAUUACGCUUGCAUGGUUGAUCUUCUAGGACGAGGUGGACGCUUAAAGGAAGCAAAGGAUCUCAUUGAGAACAUGACCAUGAAGCCAAAUGUUGGCAUAUGGCAGACAUUGCUUAGUGUUUGCAGAAUGCAUGGAGAUGUGGAGAUGGGGAAACAAGUGGGAGAGAUACUCAUGAGACUAGAUGCUAAUAAUCCAAUCAACUAUGUCAUGUUGUCAAAUAUCUAUGCUGAUGCAGGAUACUGGAAAGAGAGUGAGAAAAUAAGAGAUGCUGGGAAGAGAAAGGGAUUGAAGAAAGAGGCAGGUCGUAGUUGGUAGAGAUAGACAAGGAAACCCACAUUUUCAACAAUUUGAAGUUUGUAUUUGUGGUGAGACAUACAAAUAGAUUUCAUAGAUUUGAGAACAGCUUGUGUCAAUGUGAAGAUUGCAUUCUACUUCCUGUGAUUUCUCAACUGGGCCAUCAGAAUACACCAUAUUUUUUAUGAAAUAAUUAACCAUGUUUAGUUCA